AUGCGAAUAUUUACAAUUAUCUUGAUAUUAAGUACAGCCUACUUAAUAAAAUCAAACACUUUGGACACAAGUAAUAGUUGCAAAUGUUCAGAAUUGAUCUAUAAUUGGGAUUGCUACACUGCUGAUUGUUCUUGGGAUUCUCGUAAAAAUUAAUGUGUUGAUCUGGCAUGUUCUGAUAUUGAGUGGUCCAACCAUUGUGUUUGGUCAUCAAAGAGGUGUUAUUGGUUCAAUUAGUAAUGCCAUGAUUUUACAUCCUGUGAAGCCAUCCCAGGAAAAGAUCAAACUGAAUGUAUUUCAUCAAAUAUCUACUGUCCUGCUUCAAAUGGAAUUAAUUGUUUACCCUUGUAAUAUCAAUAGAGGUGUUCAGAUAUCAAGGAUUCAGACACUUGUAAUGAUUAUUACUCCCCAGAAGGUAAAUGUAUGUGGAAAGAACAGAAUUGUAUCAUACUUUAAUCAUGUACUCAAUUGUGGACCAAUACAACAAAAUCUUGUUUGUCAAGUUAUUGCUAUUUCGAUGCUCAAACCUACAUGUGUAAAGAUAUGACAUGUUCAAGACAUACAAUGGAAUCUUAAUGCUAAUUUGGAGCUCCAUCAAUUGGUCCAUAUUUAAAUAAUUUAAUUCCAUGUGUAUGGGAUACAUAAACUGGAUAGUGCAAAAAUGGCAGUCCUGAUGACUUUAAUGCUGACAACUGCUAUGUUAAUAGUGCUAGAACAUAUCAUUGGAGUAGUAGUAAGUCUAGUUAAGGAAGUUGCUUACCUUGUCAGAGUUCCAUAUUAACUAUUAUUAUUGGAUUGAUAAUAAUGAUUAUUAUGUGA